UCCUCCCUCGUCCCAGCGCCAGCUCUGCCGCCAGCUUGGGCCUCGGCUCCCCCUCCCAGAGCCCCCUCCCCGGAGCGGAGCCCACCCCAGGGCCCCUCUCCCGUUCCCCAGCCCAGCCGCCCGGCCAGAACCGCAGCCCCGGGAGGCAGCUUCUCGCCAGCCUGCCUCCCUCCAGCCCAGCCCUGCCAGACCCCCCCAACCAUGAAUCUCUUCCGAUUCCUGGGAGACCUCUCCCACCUCCUAGCCAUCAUCUUGCUACUGCUAAAAAUCUGGAAGUCCCGCUCAUGUGCUGGGAUUUCAGGGAAGAGCCAGGUCCUGUUUGCUGUGGUGUUUACUGCCCGAUAUCUGGACCUCUUCACCAACUACAUCUCACUCUACAAUACUUGCAUGAAGGUCGUCUACAUUGCCUGCUCUUUUACCACGGUAUGGAUGAUUUACAGCAAGUUCAAAGCCACUUAUGAUGGGAACCACGACACAUUCCGGGUGGAGUUCCUCGUGGUCCCCACGGCCAUCCUGGCUUUCCUGGUCAAUCAUGACUUUACCCCUCUAGAGAUCCUCUGGACCUUCUCCAUCUACCUGGAGUCAGUGGCCAUUCUGCCACAGCUAUUCAUGGUGAGCAAGACCGGCGAGGCGGAGACCAUCACCAGCCAUUACCUGUUCGCGCUGGGUGUAUACCGCACACUCUAUCUCUUCAACUGGAUCUGGCGCUACCACUUUGAGGGCUUCUUCGACCUCAUUGCCAUUGUGGCUGGCCUGGUCCAGACGGUCCUCUACUGCGAUUUCUUCUACCUCUACAUCACCAAAGUCCUAAAGGGGAAGAAAUUGAGUUUGCCAGCCUAACCCCGGUCCUCGUCCUCGCCAUCCCUCUCUUUGGCAACAGCGGCAAGAGGCAGGGGAAGGCAACGAAAGACAAGAACCUUUCGGUCCAGGGGUGACUUUUGAAAGAACCAACUUCUCCCCACUUCCCAUCGUCCCCUCCUGCUGGGUUUCAGGGGGUGGUGGAAGACCCCCAAGUCUUGGGGAGCUCAGGACCUGGGCUGUUUGUAGUUUUUUGCCUUUUAGAGAAGAAAAAAAAAAAGCUUUCCACUAUUUAGUUUUUGAUUCUGAUGAAACCGCUUUCUCUUCUACUCUCUAGUCCCCAUUUUUAUAAACUGUUUCUGAGUGUCCUGCGGGACAUGGCAGGGUGGGAGAGCUUUUCCCUCCGCUAGGCUCUCAGCUCCCUACCAGAUUCUAUGCCUAGCCCCAGGGGUUGCCAAACACUAAGUCUGCCAAUACCUUCAUUGGCCCAAUCUCCUGCCAUAGCCAUGAACCAUCGCCACCAGCCCCCCAACUUUUGGACUGAGGUGUGGGGGAUGGGAAGGGUACCCCUGAUUUUUUCAUAAUAAUGUUUUCCCAGAGCUUGGAUUCUUUGGUCUUAGCCUCAUUUUUGGCAAUUUAGGGGGCCAAGGGGCUGGGCAUGGGAGGGGAGCUGGCCAGAGGGUCACUGCGGCUCUCCCGCUGUGUUUUUGUACAGAAUUGUUGGUUGAUUCUUUGUUCUCUUGAAAUAAACCGAGGAAAAUGAUGCCUCUCUUUCACUA